AUGGCUUGGGGGAUACUAGAACCUAAAUCACGUCCGGCGCAUGUACCAGCUACGGUGCUGCUGGAGGACACUCCAGAAGUUGCCGCCCACCAUGAACACCUCAAGAAGAUUACCCACCGGGGCGAGACCAUUAUCCUGGUUCCACAACCGUCAGAUGACCCCAACGAUCCGUUGAAUUGGUCUUUGUUGCAAAGGGAUCUCAUUUUUCUCCUCUAUGCAACCUGCACCAUCCUUACCAUUGGCGGUAUUGGCCCUAUCAUAUCCCCAAUUGCUUAUGAGCUCACUGUUCUCUUCAACGUGUCUUUCACGAAAGUCUCGCUCCUCACCGGCUACAGCCUGCUUGCCACUGCAUGCUUCGGUAUUGUUGUGUCGCCUACAGCACGUAAAUAUGGGAGGAGAUUCCCCUUGAUCUUCUCCAUGUGCUGUGCAUUUGCCGGCUGUCUUUGGGGAGGUUAUGCGGAGUCUUACAACUCUCUCCUAGGCGCCCGCAUCGUCCAAGGGCUUUGUGUCUGCAUGUUUGAAUCUCUCAACUUUGUCAUCGUCGGAGAUCUAUACUAUGUCCACGAGCGUGGCAUCCGUGUCGCCUUGGUUACCACAUCCAUCAUUGGGGUCGGUGCUCUGCCACCAGUGGUCUCGGGCAAGGUUGCCACAGACCUGGGUUGGAGGUGGAUCUUCUGGCUCCUUGCGAUAUUCAUGGGCCUUGCACUCGUUGGCACUGUAUUUUUCGGCUUCGAGACUGCGUACAAUCGCAAAGCCAUUUACAACACCGACAUGGCCUCUCAAGAUAGGGUACGAAAAGAUGAGCAUGAUGGAAAAGGCGAUGAUAUUGCCAAAACGGAAACUGUGGCGAGCAGCAGGAUACCGCGAAAGACGUAUCUUGGUCGAUUGAAGCCAUGGUCUGGUUCUUAUUCGCCGGCACCCUUCUGGAGACUCACCAUUCAGCCUUUCCUGAUCCUCUGGAAUCCCGUCGCGGUAUGGGCUGUUGUACUCUUCGCAUUCCCUGUCUUCUGGCUUGUCGCUUUCAACUUGCUCAUCGCUCAAAUCUUUUCAGCACCACCCUACCUGCUCAAUACGGCAGAGCUCGGCUACAUGUCUGCGGGCGCCGUUGUUGGUGGCAUAUUGAGCUCAAUGCUCUGCGCUGCCGUCUCCGACCCAAUGAUCGAGUUCUUCGCACGCAGAAAUGGAGGCAUUUACGAGCCCGAGUUCCGGUUGUUCUUGAUCAUCCCGGCAUUGAUCCUCACAAUCGUGGCGUACUUUCCGUUUGGGUACAUGAUUAGGGACGGCAAGAGCCCUGCGGCAAUUUCUACCAUGUAUGGCGUUGCCACCGCCGCGGGGCAAACAUGCAUGGCAGUGGUGGGAGCCUAUGCUGUAGAUGGCUAUCGCGACAUCAGUGUCGAGAUAUUCGUCUUGACCAUGAUCAUCAAGAACUUCCUGUUCUACGGCUUCUCCUACUUCAUUAAUGACUGGAUUGCGCGCUGGGGCACUGUCAAGUUCUUCUGCACGGUCGGUGCGAUCCAGGCGGCUACGUGCUUGACCACAGUCCCGUUGUAUGUGUUUGGGAAGAAGCUCCGCUUCUGGUGGCACAGUUCGCGCGUGAACGCCUAG